CCCCCUGGGGCAGGGUUUGCUUUUUCUGUAUUUACUCCCCUGCUUUUAAGUUCUGCAGAUAGUACCUGCAAAGUUACAAUAUAUAUAAUAUUCUGUUAGUAAAAUUCAUUCUCUGGCAGCUUGGGAGCCCCAGGUUGGUAGGGGGUACAUUAUUUUUAUAGUACACAAGUUUUAGUGAGUCUGGUGGCUCAAAUAGCAUCACUGAACAAGUUUAUAAGAAUAUGUUUUACAGAUAUUCGUUGCUUUUGUUUAUUAUGAAUGGAUAGUCCAUGAGCUUUCCAGAGGAGCUUGCAGUCUAAUUUCUCUGCCACAAGCAAAAAUACCAGGAUCAGUUUCACCAUCAGCAAAUUAACUUGCUAGUAUGUUUUUGAACUAUGGUGCAGAUUAUAAAAAGAUUAUACAAACUGUCUGCAAAAUGGCAGACAAGGCAUUUUGUCCAAAGCCCUCUGGCAGAAAGUAGCAGUGGACAAAUCAUUUUUAUCUCUUUCUUAUUCCAUGCACUUUACUUGCACUAAACUUUUUGUAUGCACAGAAAGAACCAGAGCACUGGAUUCUAAGAGGCUGGCUAUCCGCUCCCAUUCCCUGGCACAGGCACUAUACUACAGUAGCUGAGGUUUUGGGCUGGGAGGGGUGGAUGAAUGGGUUCGAGGGGUCUCAGCAGGUGACUGUUGAUACAACUGUUAGUUUCCGAUCAGUGGAAGCAAGGAGUGGGGGAAGGGGGUUUCUAUUAAAGUCUGACAGACUCUGACACCAGGCUAUGUCUCUACAUUCCUCUGUCUUUAGUAAGGCUAAAUUCGGAAACCUGCUCUCCAAUCACAUCAAUGGAAGGGUAAUGCAGGGAGGGAGGAGUACUGCUAAGGGAGGCUAGUAGUGACUGAAGGUGCUUGGGGGUCUUCUGUUCUAUUCUUAUUUCUGAUAGGCACAGCUCAUCAGACCCAAAAAAUUCAACACGAUCAACGGCCGUAAGCAAGAAAUCUCAUCAGAUGUCAGAAUGAGACCACGGAACCCACAUUUCUUUUCCUAGAAGUCCAACAGCAGGAGGUUCUGUAAAUCCCUAUGUGAACACAGUCAUGCAACUUUGUAGGAGAGUGAUAACGAGAUUCUCUCUAAUGGAUUAUUUACUUUUGAGCUUCUAACUAAAUAUCCAACUGCCUUCUCCAGAUGUCACCUCUUAUUACAAGAGAUAUGUGCUGAGCUAAACAUCAUCUGUAACCCUGUCUCUGGCUGCUGAUUGAUUGGGUCUUAUAGGGACACAAGGUACACUACACUGUGGUGGUAAAGUAACAGGUGUCUUGAAAAAUUCACCUCUUCCAAAGCUACCCAGUAGAACAGAAGCUGCCACAGCAAGUGUGCAUGCCUGCUUAUCUACCAUCCAUUCCAGUGCCUUAUGGAAAUGCCAACUGCAGCAGGACAGUAGGCACGAGAGAAAGGUCUAUGCAGAACAAGAACAUUCAUUCUGUUAGAUUUAUAGACAACCUGGACCAUGCACAGACCAUAGAGCAGAUCAGUGGUCUGAUGAAACCAAGUUUAGAGGAUGUGUCUCACCAGGAGAUAGAAGGAGACUAUGUGGACCUUUUAGACAUAGCUGCUUCGGCAGAGCACAUCUACUCAUCUUGCCCGCCUGAGAUGGGGGAUCCCCCUGUCGCUAAUGGAGAUUCUGUUUUAAGUAUUACUACAAAUAAUAAUAAAAAGUGGAUCUGUGGCCGAGUUCUGACGAGCAAGGAAGGAGCUUGCACCCCUUGUUUAAGAAGAAGGUUUAACAAAGGCUUGGAUGCUCAGGAGACAAAGUGCCAUUUUCGACAGUCAUACCUUGCUGCUUUAAAAAAUCCAGUUAGUUUUAGUUCUGUACCCAUGGCGAACAUUUUGGAAGAUCCAUUGAGCAGAGCACAGCUAUCCACCACAUUUGCUGCUUUGGAAAGUCCUCUCUGCUCAAGACGCAAGAAUCAGGCCCACUUGCCCUCCAACAAGUUGUUGCCAGGAAAAGCAGAAACUAAUAGAACUGGAGACAUGUCUAGUCAGAGCACUUCAAGAAAUCCCAAGCCCAACACCACACCUGGUUUAGAACCUUCUCCAUCUCUUGUACACAGACUUUCAUUUCUAAGAGGUCAACGGAGUUGCUCAUCACCAGGAGAUGGAAUUGCCAUGGAUGCCAAUGCCAACCAAUAUGGUGGCACCUGGAGGAGAGUGUCUGCUGUUUGUUCCCCCCGCCUUAGCAGGAGUAAAUUCUGUGGAAAAGCAACUGCAGCCAAUGGCAACUCUGGUCUUGAGGUGACUUCCACGGUUCAGAAGGUGCCUUCCAAAGCUGGACUGUGGGUGUCCAUAGUAGGAUCUCCUGUAAAAGUCAUUGUUCCCUCUGAGAAUAUCCAAGACCCUCCCAUCCAGUGCCAAGAUCUGAGCGCUAAACUUUUAUAUUCAGGAAUUGCAUGUCUUCCAGGGAGCCGUGACAAGCUGGGCAGGGCCGUCAUCCAGGUGACCACUGACAGUACAUCUUGGGAUGCUCCUUGGUGCUCGACAAGGGAAGUGGCACGCCUCCUGCUCUACCUCUGUUCUAUUUCCAGGAAAGAAGUGAAAGACCUUGGAAUGCUGAUUCUGGUGGAUGCCAGGAAACAAGCCCCAUCGCCGUGCCUGCAUGCUGCUCUACACUCAGUACAGGCUUCUUUCCCUGGAUCCAUUCAAAGCAUUUUAAUCCUAUUGGAAAAGGAGACGGCUUCCCAGCUGGAUAAAAUUCCCGGGCUGCAGGUGGAGGUCUUGACAUCGCCAAAGGCUUUGAGCCGGUACGUGGAGAUUGGGCAACUGACCUGGGACCUAGGAGGUACCUUCCCAUACUGUCACAGCGAGUGGGUCCAGUUUUACCAGAAGCUGGACGCAUUCCUGUCAGACCUGAGGAAGGCCUCCGACUUGCUACAAAACUCCAUCCAGGAGCUGGGAGAGGGCAGUUCCCCACAAGACUCCCGGGAAGUGGAGGAGAAGAUGGCACAGCACAGAGAUCUCAUGAAAGUGGUUCUAAGUGAUUCCCACUUGGUAUCCCUGCAGCGGGAAGGAGGGACAACCUUGGCCAGACUCCGCAAGGAGGCCAUGCGCUUCUGCUGCUCUCAGGAUGUCAGGAGUGCAGUGGAGGCAGCUGUGCAUUUGUACAAUCAGUUGGAGGAGCAGGUGCAUGCUCUAGUGACCAAGUCCAACCGAAGGCUGGAACUCCUGGAGUCACUGUUGAAAAUUCGAGAGCUAGAGAGUCAGUUUAACCAGCUGAGUUCCUGGAUGGAUGGGGAUGGAGAGAAUCAGUUGCAUGAGAUGGACACCAUGGAGUGGUCCUUGGACAUCCUCGAGCAAUAUCGCAAGAAGUUCAAGGACUUCUUCCUCCAAGCAACGGUGCAUUAUAACCAUGGGUUGGUACUUCUGGAUGAUGCCAAUAAAUUCAGUAGGUCUCACUUCCCAGAGAUGGAAUCAUUUAAGGUGGCACGAAGCAGCUUCCAGGCUAGACUCACCAGCUUUUACAUGUGUGUAGAGAGGCAGAAGGAGGAGCUGGAGAAACUUAUGAAUCUCUACAAGUUUUGUGAUAAGAUAUCUCAGCUGACUGUGAGCUGCAGCCGUUACUUGGGACAGCUAAAGAAGUCAGAGCAGAAGCUAUGCCUUCCAGAGACCCGACAGUGCCUGGAAAGUUACCUGCUGCGCCUGACCGAUGAACUGUCGGCUGAUAAAUUCCAGGAAAUGAAAGAGGAGUCGUACUCGCUCAGCAGCAGCAGAGGAUUAACAGUAUGGAACGAGACAUGGCUGAGGUGCCAGGAGUCCAGGCAACUCCUAGAGGAGACUUUGGAGAAAUGUAAAGAAGAGCAGAGGACAGACAUAGCAGGCUGGCAUAAAGAUACUUCUGGGAGCUCAAAUUUAAAAAAACAAAGUGAAAAUACUCCAGCAGGUAUUUCCAAUGAAGUGUUACCAAAAAAUCGAAGGGGAGAAGAAGAAUUCAGGCCCAGGGGCAGCACGAGAACAGCUGAAACUACUGUGAUAAACUGCUGUAGCUUUGGUCUCCACGCUGGUUCUGUAGGGCUGUUCUUGAAGGCAUCCAGGAGUAAUCGGAAUAGGAGACCAGCAAGAGAACCAGUCACUUCAAAGGGAUGUUCUACCAAUGAAGAAUCUAGGAGUAGCAGUGAUGCAGACCCAGAGCACACAGAGCUCAUGGUUCAAAACUCCAACAAUGAAGCUUUGGAGAUUCUCCAUUCUCCAACCCCAACUCUGUCUCGGAAAACCCCAGUACAGUCACUAUGUGCCUCCAAGGAAGACCAUUUAGGAUGGCUAGCACUUGGCAGAUUUCUGAGUGAUGACACAAGCACUAUUUCAAGAGGGGAUAGUGGUAGAGCAAUUAUGCAACCAGGGAGGCGCUGCCCUCUCUCCAGACAUGCCAGCUUCUCCACAGGGGACUCAGGCUCCCAGUAUUCCUCAGAAAGCUCUUCUCUCAUAUCCCCCUUGCUAGCAAUGGAGCCACUGACUCCCCGUAUGCCUUGGACAAGAGGAACCAUAAGCGAAUCAUCACAGGAAAGUGACUGGUCUAUGAAAGCCAACUUUGCAAAGAUGCACAAGAUUAUGGAGGAGCUCCUUACUACUGAAAGAGAUUAUGUUUGUUCCCUGGGGUAUGUCCUGUCUCACUACCUGAGUGAAAUGGACCGUCCAGAUGUCCCACCGACACUGCGUGGUCAGCAUGCUGCCAUCUUUGGUAACCUGGAGAAACUCUAUGAGUUCCAUAGUCAUGUUUUUCUACAGGAACUGACUAGCUGCAGAAGAGAGCCCAGUCUUGUUGGAGGCUGCUUCCUUAAACAUAAAGAUCAGUUUGGGCUUUAUGCAUUUUACAGCAAGAACAAGCCCCAGUCAGACAGACUCUUACAGGACUACGGAGCAGCAUUCUUUAAGAGGAAGCAGCAGGAACUGAACGACAAGAUGGACCUCUCUUCUUACCUAUUAAAACCUAUUCAACGCAUUAGCAAAUAUAGCCUACUCCUGCAGGACCUAGAAUGGGAGCUGAAGGGACAGAGCACUAGACAAGCUGAGCUGCAGGCUGCUCGUGAAGUUGUACAUUUUCAACUACGGCACGGUAAUGACCUCCUUGCCAUGGACGCUAUUCAGGACUGUGAUGUGAACUUGAAGGAGCAGGGCCGACUCCUGCGUCAGGGGGAAUUCAUGAUUUCCUACAAGAAAAAGAAAUGUUGUAGGAGAGUCUUCCUCUUCGAGGAUCUCAUUCUUUUCAGCAAAGCCAAGAAGUCUUCAUCGGGUAUUGAAGUCUACAUGUACAAACAGUCAUUCAAGACUUCAGAGAUUGGCCUAACUCAUAGUUUGGGGGGCAGCGGGCUCUGCUUUGAGAUCUGGUUCCGAAGAAGGAAAUUGGAGGACACGUACACACUGCAGGCACUCUCAGCAGAAGUCAAGGAGGCCUGGACAGGGGAUUUGCAGAAGAUCCUUUGGGACCAAGCCAUAAAGAACCGAGACGACAAUCUUCGAUCAUCUCCUGUGGUCACUUUGCCAUUUCCAACAUCUCCUGCCCCUCUGCGCUCCAUGUCAGUCGGUUCCCGGAGCAGUGCUGUAUCCCUGGGUGGUUGUUCCUCCACCUCCUCUGGCCGAGGCUCACUCAGCCCCCAUCAUUGCUGCCCUAGCUCAGAGCCCUCGUGGAGGUCUUAUAAAACUGAGUCUCCACAGGAGAGGGAGGCUGGAGUGUUCUUAACCGCUAGCUCUGGUUCAUCAGAAGGAAGCGUCAGCGGCUUGAGCUCUUCAGUUCCAAAUCACUUUCCACUGGGUCAUAAGAACACGUGUUACCCGUCGGACUGCUGGCGCCCCCUGCACACUACAGAGAAGCCCCCUGGAAACAACAUCCCUUAAGGGCUGUAAACCUGUAGAAAAGCCUUUUCAGAAACACACAUGGACUCCAUAUCUAAAGCAGCUGGGCUGAUAUAUUUGCGAGACACUGAAUUUUAAAUAUGUAAAUAAAUUAAUAUGAUGCAUUUUAUUUGAAA